AUGGCUGCCCUCGCCUCCAUCUCAAACCGCCUAACCACGGCCCAGAGCCAACUCCUCGAGCGCUCCCGCAUCCUCUCACUAGGCAUGCACCCGUCCGCUGCCGCCACGACCCAGAUCGUCCGCACUCUCGGCGGGGUGAAGCGCGAACUGUCGCGCGUGGCCGACGAGGCCGAACUGGAACGUGCAGGCCUAGUCGUGGGCGGCGGGAACAAGGGCCGUAGUGCCCAGUUGGAUGAGGAUGAGCGCGUGCUCGAUUCACUGGGGGAGCGGUAUGAUCGGCUGGUGGACAUGUUGGGCAAGGAUGAGGAUGGGCGGGAGCGGGCAAAGGGGCUCGUAAGGGAGAAGCGGUCAUCAACGCCCGAUGGCGAGGAUGAGGGAGAGGAACUCGAGGACUUUGCGUCGAAUGAUCACGAGUUGCAGGCGCGGACGCAGUCGACCUCACCACCGCUCCUGCAGCCGCAGCCGAUCCGCCCGUUCCGGGACUAUGACGAUGACGAGGAGGGCGGCGAGCGCGAGAUCAUGGACCAGCAGCAGAUGAUGAUGAACGACCAGGACGAGCGCCUCACGCUCCUCUCACACAGCAUCAACCGGCAAAACGACUUGUCUAUCCAGAUCGGCGACGAGCUCGACCAGCACCACGAGCUGCUCGAGGACACGGACGCCGCGAUGGACCGGACGGCGGCAAGGUUGCAGCGCGCGCGUAGGCGGAUGGACACGGUUGCGGACGGGGCCAGGCAGCAUGGGAGCACCAUCACGAUCGUCCUCCUUAUACUGGUGUUGCUCAUGCUCAUCAUCAUCUUCAAGACGUAG